AAGGGAGGGAGGCCCCCCCCGCACUCCCACGGCAAUAAGAAGCAACCCACGCGCCGCCCGCCGCCGGCACCGCCGUCCGCCGCCGCCGCCGUGUCCGGGCCGUGGCAUCAAGUGUGCAUGGGCGUGCUUUCGAGGCUCUGCGUUGGGCUGACUAGGUAGCCCUGGCACUAGCGUUCACCCGGUUCACCUUGGCGCGAUGAGCUCCUGCUCCUCCUCCUCGCCGGCGAUCGCCGCCGCGUCGGCGGCCGUGGUGGCGCUCGCCGUAGCCAACCGCGUGCUGUACAAGCUCGCGCUCGUGCCCCUCAAGCAGUACCCGUUCUUCCUCGCCCAGCUCACCACCUUCGGGUACGUCGCAGUGUACUUCUCGGUACUCUACGCGCGGUACCGCGCGGGCGUGGUGACCCGGGACAUGAUGGCGCUGCCGAAGCGCCGGUUCGCCGCCAUUGGCUUGCUGGAGGCCCUCGGGCUUGCUGCCGGCAUGUCUGCAGGAGCUAUGCUUCCUGGGCCUGCUAUUCCUAUACUCUCCCAGUCAUUCCUGGUGUGGCAGCUUAUCUUCUCUGCCCUGCUUUUGGGGAGAACCUACUCAAUGAGACAAAUUAUUGGUUGUUUCCUUGUUGCUUCUGGUGUGAUUCUUGCUGUUGCAAGUGGAGCGAAUGAGGGUCAAUUUCUGUCUGAAGUCAAGUUUAUUUGGCUAGCACUGAUGGUUGCUUCAUCAGCAUUUCAAGCGGGUGCAUCAAUUCUGAAGGAAUCUGUUUUUAUCGAUGGUGCAAAGCGUCUUAAGGGGAGGCGGCCUGAUAUCUUUGUGGUCAAUUCGUUUGGAUCAGGAUUUCAGGCUCUUUUUGUCUUUCUCCUUCUGCCACUUCUUUCUAAUUUGAGGGGAAUAAAGUUUGCUGAGCUUCCCGCUUAUUUAAAUGGUGGUGCUGAGUGCUUCCUAAAUGUUGAUGAUAGCCUGAUUGAUUGUGGAGGAGCUCCAUUUCUACCAUUGUUGUUUAUAUUGGUGAAUAUGGCUUUCAAUAUCGCAUUGCUCAAUUUGGUGAAGAUGUCAUCUGCGCUGGUUGCUUCACUUACUGCUACUUCAGCAGUGCCAAUAUCAAUCUACAUCCUUUCACUUCCGUUGCCCUACAUCCCUCAUGGCUCAGAGUUAAGCUCAUCUUUCAUCCUUGGUGCCGUGGUUUUGCUGAUGGGGCUGAUUAUAUAUAACCUUCCCCAGUCGUCGAAGAAACAAUCCAAGACUGAGUGAAGCUAAAGUGACCGAAUCAACCAAACACUGCUGAUUAUCUGACACGCUACAGGAUUUUUACUGAUUUAUUUGAGUUGCAAAUAGUGAGAUAGGCUUCCAAACCGAAGGAAUGAAGGGCAUAACGUAACACACGUUGAAAAUGUAAAUACGUUGAUUUAUUUGAAGUCGAUAUACAAGCAGCACAUGUAUGUACUAUGUAGCAUGGCCAUCAUGCCGUAUACAUUUAUGUUCUGAAACGCCCAAGAAAAAGGGGAAAGAAAAGAAGGUUAUGAUGAACAUAGUACAAACCUCGAUAAUACUACGUUGUCCAGUGCA